CACACGACUUCAUUCAAGUUGUCAACAGAGAGGCAAGGUGUAAGAGACAACUGUCAACUACUUGUUCAUUAUCUAGUGUUCACCUAAUUUGAAAUGUGACGAAAGUGAAAAAAAUCAACCGUCAUAAUGUGAAAAAAUAUGUAUUCCAUCAGUGAAUUUUUUGAAGGAAUUUUUUCUCAAAUCUGCUGAAUAAGGUGUAUGUGAUUGUUGGAUUUUUGUGAUCUUUUGGAUAAUUCCAUCUACACAUGGGGAGAUCAGUUUUUAAAUAGGAGGUGAUGAAGACUCCUCCAGCAUGACUGAGGUGCAUAGCAAUCACCUCCAACGCCUCAACUCAGGGCUCCCUGAAGGAUGGGAGGCACGACUGGCUGCAGAGCAGGGCAGAAUCUAUUACCUCAACCACACCAGUCAAGUGUCAUCCUGGAUCCCCCCUCUGGAACAUUGGGACCCCGGUACAGCAGAGCAGCCCUACGGCUGGGAAUGUGCAAUAGACAAAAACGACAAGCCCUACUUCAUAAAUCAUAUAGAAAAAUACACUACACGAGAUGAUCCGCGGGACGAUCCAGAUUACAUAGAGCCCCCCAAACCAAGGGACAUUACUUUGACUCGAGACCAACAGAAGGGGUUUGGUUUUGUGGCGGGGAGUGAGAGACCUGUAGUCGUGCGGUUUGUCACAGAUGGUGGUCCAAGUGUUGAUAAGCUUCUGCCGGGAGACCAGAUUAUAAGAAUUAACGGGGAAGAUGUGAAAAACUCACCCAGAGAAUAUGUCAUAGACCUAGUCAGAUCCUGUAAAGUUUCUAUUUCACUGACUGUGUGCCAGCCAUAUUCAGAUAAUUCCACGAAGAAGUCUUCAUUACUGACAGCUGCUAAAAAGGCCAAGCUGAAGAGCAAUCCAAACCGUGUCCGGUUCUCGGAGAACGUCACGGUUACCAUGGUGAACGGGGCUCCACUUCAAAAUGCAAAUUCAGACGAGAGUUAUGUCCCUUUUAUGCCAAAUGUAUUAAAAGUUUUCCUUGAAAAUGGGCAAACGAAAUCAUUUAAAUAUGAUAACAAGACUACUGUCAAGGAUGUGGUGCAAUCCCUGAAGGAGAAGUUGAACAUAAAGCGUGUUCAGCAUUUCAAUUUGGUGCUACAAAACAUGAAGUCUCACGGUCCCUGUCAAAUGACCUUACUCCAAGAACACGAGACUCUGGCAGAGAUUGCUGCCAGACCUGGUGCUAGACAUUUCCGCUGUCUUUUCCGUGUAAUGUUUGUUCCCCUGGACGCUUAUGACCUACUCAAAGAGGACCCUGUAGCAUUUGAAUAUUUCUAUAUGCAAUGCUGUAAUGAUGUGGUGAAUGAGCGAUUUCCAGAGCUUCGAGGAGAGUUGGUGUUCAAGCUUGCUGCUCUCCACAUUCAGCAACAUGUCAUGAGCAAUAACAAUGUCGCCGGAAAAAUCAACAUCAAGUCUAUAGAGAAGGAAUGUGGGAUUGAGAAGUUUGUGCCAUACAGUUACCUGGAACACACGAAGCCCAAGGAGCUGAGGAAGAUCCUGGGCAGCCAGAUGAAACUGAACCAGAACCUUACCCCGCCCGGUCAGAAACAUCUCUCCUCCAUGCAGGCUAAGCUCCACUACAUGAAGAUUGUCAACGAGCAGAAGGCGUUUGGCAGUCGUGUGUUCAUGGUCACCCUGCUGGACAAGAUGACAGACGCCAUGAUAUUGGUGGGUCCAAAGUCUGGGAUUGCCCUAAUAACCAAUAUUAAACAGUACACGAUGUCAGUUUUGGCAGAGUUUGACCAAAUUCAAAAAAUCAAAGUGGCCAAAGAAAAGGAGAACAUGCAGAGAAUUGAAAUCACAGUCAAAAGUAACAACCAGGAAGCAAUGUUAAAUCUUGGACUACUGAAGGAUGAUGCCAUGAACUUUGUUGCCAUGGUAGAGUGUUAUUACCGCGUAUUAGUGGAUGACAAUGUCUGUCUUGUGGAAAAACCAGCCAGUAAACAAAGUUCCGACCCUGAUGUCCCUCCAUAUUUUGGGACCCAUAGAGUUCAUGCCUCUCCCUGGAGUUACCCUGAGGAUGUGGUGACCCAUGUGAUCCAGAAAGAACAGGAUUCCAAGGAGAUAGCUGAGGAUGAGAGAAUUGUGAACUUUGCUAGGGGGCCCCCUGUCUAUGAUGGAAGUGACAGCAACUUUAUCACCAAAAUCAAAGAAGAUCUCGGGAUCCAGCCAAAGAAUUCAGAAGAGCCUGAACCAGUGAUCUCCCUUGUUAAGGACUCUGAACAAAGUGUUCACCCUGCAAAACAUGUAAACAAAAUUGUGAUUGGAUCAGAUCCAAACGACAUUCAAGAAUAUUUAGCAGCUAAAGAAAAGAAAUCUGCAAUCAAACGAAUUGAUACAUAUGAGAAGCAGUUUAUAGAGAUUAAGAAACCAAAGACUGAAGACUCUCUGACCAAUGGAGAAACAUAUGAAGACAGCAAGCUAGAAAUACACUCCACAGCAAGUGGGGAGGAUCAAUCUUCUGACACAGACAGUGGGGUGGAGUCAGAAAAGAAGAUUUGCCUGGACGACUCUCCACAGAUCGGGCGAGGACAGGAGCUUGAGAGCAGUGAUACCGACAGCUGGGGGACUCCGGCUAACAGCCCCGCCAAAGAUGCGGAAUCAGAAGUUGAGCUACCCAGGACAGAGUCCGAUUUUGAAGUGAUUGCCUCCAGUUUUGGUCUGUUGAGUCCAGACAAGAUCCCUCCAGAGAUCCAGGAAGGAAUACUCAAUCCCAAAAUGUUCUCAGAACGGAGGUUGUAUCUGGAUCCAGAUAUCAUUGACUUGACCUUGAUGCCACCUGCACCACCGCCUCCUACCUCAGAGCCACCAGAACUUGACCAGCAAGCGUCCAGGGAAUUGUGGCAUCUGUCAUGUGACCACACCCAGACACUGGAAACAGUUGAGGCAACAAUGCCCAAAGAUCAGGGAGCUCACCCACAUGUUCCUCCAUUUGAGCGGUCGGUCAGUGUUGGCGCCACCCCAGACUUCUUUGACUCUGAUAUAGAUCAGCUGAUUGCUGAGUUGACCAUUCCCCCACCCCCCUCUUCAGAGGAAGACAUAGGGCAGGUGGACCAUUUAGCUCACACGUGGAGUGGCCCAGAAAACAAGGAGUCCAAUGAAGAAUUCAAUUUGGAGGCGUUUGAGGUGGAUUUGGAAGCGUUGGUGAUUCCCCCUCCCCCUGGGGAGGCCUCUGUGUCACUGGACCAAAUCCCCAUAGUUCCCCCUGUGACUUCAGAUUCUGAUGAACAUGAUAAAAAGAAUGACCAUUCUGGAGGUCAUCAACGUUCAAAUUCAGUGGACACUUUCUUAAGUAAAAUUCAGAAAAAUGAGCAUAAUAAUGAUGUUCCGAAAAAAGAUGAAAUUUUGAAGACUGGUGUGGAAUGUCAGUUAGUUGCUAGUGAAAUUAAGUCUAGUGAUUCAAAUAAAUCAAAAUGUCAGACAAAGCCUGAAAAAGCUACCUCAACUACCUCAAGUAAGGACCCUCAUGACAAUGAUUCUCCAGGAUCUGUAUCGGAAAAAUUAAACACUUUGUUGCAAAUGAUUCCAAAUUUGGGGCCAAAGUCAGACAACGAAAAUGAUUUUAAAUGGAGAAGGACUUCCUCAUUGCGUCUUUCAAAACCCUCGCCUAUGUACGACAAGGACAAAGGGCAUCUUCCUAAUGGAUUAGUAAAAAGUGACAAGUCAUUGAAGGCCAGCUCAGCAAGUUCUCCAAAUCAGGUUGUGAAGUCUAGUCAAGAAGUGAAGCAAUCGAAAGGUGAGGUGACAGUGAGUUCAAAAUAUUCUCGGCAUCUACGCAGGACCAACUCGUUCGAUGUUCCCACCAAGGAGCAGGACACAAAAGAGGAGCCAGAAAAAGCGGUGACUGAAAACUUCUCCUCUUUAAAAGCAAAACUACAAUCUUACAGAGAUUAUCUCUUGAGUAAGUCAAACAAUUCAAAGAAAGAGAGGCAAACGGAGGAUAAAAAGGAGGACAAUAGCCCUCUGAGGAGAUCCAACUCUUUCACAAUGAAUUAUCUCAAAAGGCGGAACAGUUCCUCAGACUCUGAUGAUCAAAAGACGACCAAUGAUACCGUUACAAACAGAAGCAGACGGCGAGACAAGGAAUCCUCACAAGAGAAAGCAGACGACAAAGAGGACAAGAAAAAGCCUCCAGUGUGGAAUCAUUUAGCAGCGCCCAGGUCCUUCCGACCUCAUACCUCUACAACUACACAGCAUCACACAUUUCCCCUUGAAAGGAAGGAAACAGCCACGCCCACCCCAUCUGGGGGUGAGGAGAAGAGCAAUGGCCUAAGGAAAUCGGGACCACUGAAGGCUUUGUCCUCCAUCUUUACCUCAUCAUCUCCAUCAUCAUCAUCCCCAUCUUCACCGCCAGUCUCAUCGGAAGUGGCGCUAUCCCAGACUGCACCAGUGCCACCACCCAGACGAUCAAAGGAACAUUCCACAGCAACAGAAAGCAAGGAUGAUAUUUCACUGGUUCCACAAGCUCAGAAAAGACCCAAGGAAAAUCCGUUUGGAACUGUGUCCAACAUGUGGAGACCUAUGUCUAUGUCGAAAAGUAGCAUUAGACAGAUUGAAUCUGAGGAGACUAAUUUCCGGGUGUAUAAUAAUUUUGAUGCUUUACGUGAUAUGUCAGAGGGUAAAACACCUCCAAAGGAAGAGACAAAAGUGGUGGUGGCAAGCACCAAGUCCAAACCUCCAGUGAUCCCAACAGGAGAGCAACGGGAGAGAAAAGGUUCGUUAUCGGAGGAGAGUCACGCUGUAGUGCGAGACAGUAUAAGUGUGAGUCAUUCUGAUUCAGUGAAGCAAAUAAUGGCUCGAACGUACAAAACAGAGGACUUUGGAACUGCAACUAAAGACUCGGACAGGCUUCUGUCUGAGCUUAAACAAACUAUGGAGACCCUUAAAGACUCUCGCAUUGAUCGAAAAUCAUCUCAGUUUGAUAUGUGUAAGGACGAGCUUAUCAAUCAAGUGAAAAACUUUGUUAUGGAUGCCAAAUUUCUUGUCAGCAAUGCGUCACAGACCAAAGAGAAAAUGGCUGCCAAUCUAAAUAACAGUAUGCAUACUCUUGCUAAAAUCUUCCUCCAUACUCAGGCGACCAUGAUAAUGAUGGAGGCCGUUCAUCAGGCACAGCACCUCGGCUUUGAGGUGAUUAAGGUGACCAACGCUUACAAGAGCACAGUGAAUGCGGCACAAGCCGCAGUGGGGAAACCCAUAGGCGAUCCCCACAUGCGAUAUCUCAUGAGACAAGCCACUAAUCUCGCACAACUCAUCAGUGGCUUGCUCAAAACACUCAAAGCUCUAGAGCAAAAGUAAAUUCCUUUGGGAUUUUUGUUUAUGAUUUCUGCAAAAUGUGGCAAAAACUGUAGAUGAUUUUGGAUGCUUUACAAACUACGGACAUUUGAUUGGCCAGUGUCUGUGUUCUCAUUGCUUCUUGAUGCAUUUAUUAUCAUUCUUUUUUAUACGUGUUUAUAUUGAGAACUUGUACUGGUAGUCAUUAGGUUGUUCAAUAAUGUCUGUAGCCGGCUUUUGACUUGAAUGGUUUCUCAUUGUUAAAGUGAGUGAGGGAGCUUGUGUGUAAUGUAUGGUUGUAACAGACACAUGUAAGCAUGGCUUCAUAAUAUUUUUCAUCUACCGGUAUUUAAUAUUAUGUGCUAUAAAUAUUUAACAUCUACCAACAUAUAUUCUCUACUGUUUCUGUGUUCCUUUCCUAUAGAUUUCUUGCUGAGAACUUGGAAUGCUUUAAAUGCACAAUUCAAAUAAUGUAUCUUUUUUUAAGCUUCUAAAAAAAUUUACAGGUAAACAAAAAUUGAAUGAAAAGAACUGUGGAAAUUUAUUAGAUAGAAUAACCAUGUUAUUUUGAGAAGAAAAAAAGGAGAAUCUCAUUUUUCACACAAAGAUAAGAAUACCUUUAAUAUGAUGCUAGGAACAAACAAGAUAUGUAAUUAACAUGACUUUUGAAACAGCACUCUUAAUAUGAUGCACUAGGAACAGGAUGAAUAAGCAUGUCUUUCUUAGACAGAAGGUUGUAUAAAACUUACAUAUUUAUAGUUAUACUAUAUUGGUUGACUGUGAUACAUCUGUUACUGUACCAAUGUUUUUUUGUUUGAUACUCAACUAUUCCAUUGUUAUAAACUGUGUAUGUAUAUCUAUUUAUUGUUAUUUUGUAUAGACAGACAUAGUUACUACAUGUAUAAAUAUAAGUAUGUACAUUAUUUACAUCCCUUUAUUUUAACACUCUCUUUGCUGGCAUGGCUUUGAAUAAAAUUUAUCAAACUUUUUUAACUGAAAGUUUCAAUUUAGUACAUAUUACUAUGGAAUUGAGGGUUGAAGUUUUGUAAGAAAAUCCAUUGUAUGGGAAUUUUUACAAAUACACAUUCUGCACAUACAUGGCUGUAUUUAUUAACUGUUAUAGUUUUUAAGAUUUAUUUUUGCAGAGAUUUCUAUCUGUUACAAGGGUAUGUUUAUCUACCCCUUAAACAUAAUACAAAAUUACAACAAAAAUGUAUAAAUUGCUGGUUAUAGAUACGUGUACUAUUCAAAAAUUAUCUUUAUAUUUUAUAUUUGUUGUACAUGUAAAUGGUAUAACAUUUUAUGUUUAAAAAAGAUCUGUUUUGGAAAACCGUCCUUGCAUUGUGAAUUAACAAAAAAAUAAUUAUCCAGUUUUUAUUUAAAAUGUGUAAGUUGGAUAUGACACCAUGAAAAUUCCCAUUACAAGCAGGCACUUGUAUCAUUUUUUUGUCUUAUUCAUGUUUCUUUCAGACCCAGUGAGAGUUUUACUAGUAUUAUGAAUUAUUUAAAAAAGCAAUAUUUUCAACAUCGUUAAAGUUCAUUAAUAAGAAUUUUUUUGAACAUAUUCAUACUCUUUUAUUAACGUGUACAUGUAUAUGCCGUUAAUGUAUUCAGAAUUAUCAAAAUUAAUCUCAAUUAAAUAUGUUAUUAA